GAGGCUGCUAAGAGGCGUGGCUUUACACUGUUUUCGGAUAUAGAGACUGUUGGUGGAUGUUUACGAGAUUUUCACUAACGUAAGACAAGAAACAGAAGACAUAAUCGUUAACGAAAGGUCAUAAGUGCCAAUUUAAGCGUCGGUUGAUCGAGUCGCGUCAUUUAAACCGACGCUUAUAUCGUUUUCAGAAGGUAAAUUUGUUCUAGGUCAAGUAAGGGGAUGCUGCUGCAGUCGCUGCCUUGGAGCUCGACACAAUCGCUGAAUUUUAUGUUGCGUUUAGUCGAAAUAAGUAGCUUUGCGGUAAGAGAAAACGCCAGCAGAAUAUGUCAGUCUCGACCGAGUCAUUUUCAAAUAUACUGAAUUUACAUUGUACAACGUAUUUUAUUGUUAUCCCACAUCGCGCUUAGACGCCAAAGCGUUUUGGCUUGUAUUGUGUUGUUAGUUGGACAACAACUCAUUAAACCGAGCUGUCUGUGAGCCGAACUUGGUACUCUGUUCGCCCAGAAUUUUUUAGUUGGAAAGUGGCAGUACAACAGUAACUAAAGCUAUGAAGCUUUUAGAGAAUUCCCGCUUUGAGGCAUUGAGCUCCCAGCUGUGUGUUGAAACUGGAGAUGCUAAUAUCCUUGGCAGGAUCGAGAGUUACUCGUGCAAGAUGGCUGGUGAUGACAAGCACAUGUUUAAGCAGUUUUGUCAGGAGGGGGAGCCACAUGUUUUGGAAGCUCUGUCACCCCCUCAAUCCAGCAGUGCUCCGAGUCCUAACCUAUUGGGGAAGAGUGGAGAGGAUGGAGAAAACCCACUCAGUGAUAAGUGUUGCAGGAAGACCUUGUUCUACCUUAUCACAACCUUGAACGAGUCGUUCCGGCCUGAUUACGACUUCAGUGCUGCCCGUGCCCAUGAGUUCAGCCGAGAACCCAGCGUUAACUGGGUGGUUGACUCCGUUAACAGCAGCCUUUAUUCUGCUGUGGGGGAGCAGUUUAACUCUUUAGGCCCAGAACUAUGGAAUGCCAUUGACCAAGAGAUAAACCUGCAGGGUUGUGACAUCUAUAGCUACAACCCAGACCUUGACUCUGACCCCUUUGGUGAGGAAGGCAGCCUGUGGUCCUUCAACUACUUCUUUUACAACAAAAAGCUUAAGCGCAUUGUAUUCUUCACCUGCCGCUCAGUCAGUGUUCUCAGUAGUUAUGGUCGCUGUGGCCUUGAUAAUGAGUUGGACAUGGAGCUGGAUGAUGAGGAGGAAUUGGACAGCUUCAUGGAAGACAGGUUUCCCCGAGCACUGUGCGUCUAAAGCUUUCUCAGGGAUGACAACCUGCGCUUCAGCCAAAGGGCCUCGCACCUAACUUUGCACCUAAUUUCUUCUUACUUUUUUGAGGAAAAAAAAAAAUCAAAACUUUAUUUUCUGGGUUUUUUUCAUAAAUGUGUUAAGUUGGUUUUUUUUUUUUUUUUUUUUUUUUUUUUUUUUUUUUUUUGUUUUUUUUUUUCUUUGGUUCACGGUGGACUGAGGAGGGAAAAUAAUAAGACUUUAAUUUUUACACUUCCCAUUUGCCUUUAAAGGAGAUCAUAGACUGUGGCUGAGAAGUAUUCCAAGAGCGCUGCUGUACAAGGUUUGAUAUGGACUCAUUUAGGCACUGGCAAGGCUGAGACAAAAAAAAUACCCCACUGGAAACCAGCUCCACCUAGGAGUGAAUAAAAGUCACAUUCAGUCACCAGCAUUUUGACAGCAGAGAUUUUUAAACACUUUGGAAAACAAAGACUGCAUACCCUCUGGAUUAAUUUAAUCUGUUUAAUUGCAUGUUGUUGUUGUUUUUUGUUUUUUUUUUGUUGUUGUUUUUUUAAAAGCUGUGUAAGGUUUGAAGUUUGUCUAUGUGAGUUGUCAUUAAUGUGGUCUGUAGUCUGAGUGUAUGAAAGCUUGUUGUGUGUUUUAUGUUUUUUUUUUUUUUUUUUUGUCAAAUAUUUUUAUCAAAACCAACUAACAGGUACUCUCCCCCACCCCCUCCACUCUACAUGUGUUUCUUGGGAUUUGAAGCAAUGAUCCUGCAGUUGGUAGCAUUGUGCUCUAGACAUUUUAGACUUCUUUUUCCUCACAUCUUUAUAUAAGGUUGAACUAUACAGCUUUUUGGUAAACUUAUUUUAACUUCAUGUAUUUUAGAAUACACUGCACUGAUUUUUAUUAUUGUUAUUAAUUGUCUGCAGUUUUCACUUUUGUUGCUGCAAUUUUUUUGGCGUUCUGUAAAAUGGGCUUUGCUAUGAGUUUACAUAGCUGAAUGGUAAACAUGCAAACCAAAUAUUGUUGAAGCUUUCAAGCUGGUUUUUCCAAAUCUGUCCAUUUUUCAUAAUGUGUUUUUUUUUUUUUUUUUUUUAAAUAACACCCUAAUGUGGAAAGAAAAAUGUGAAUGGACUCUGUUCUUUUAUUGAUUUAAAUCAACAUGACGAUUAAGCAUCUGUGACAAUAAAACCAUGCUUGUUUGA